AGUGUUGGCACGCUCCGUGUGUUUGUUUUGCCUGCGUCGAUAAGUGAAAGUCAGCUUUCUGGCCUAGUCAAGGCGCUUUCCGGCGUCACUUGCGCCUUCCCAUUACCCAUACAACUUAUCUCCAAACCAUCACAACAAACCUUAUCUUCAACAAUAAAGAAGUCGUCCGUUGCUCCUUCUACACACGCUCUAUAUUUAUCACUCUUAUCCGACCUUGUUACUAUGGCCGACCCCUCAAUCAUAGCAGUCACCAUCUCUGUACCUGGACUGCCAGCCAUUCUUCAGGCUAUACAAGAUCUCAGAACAGAGUACCAGAUCACGAACGGGCACUUGCAGAACAUUGAUGCGCGCCUGCGUAACAUCGAGUCGCGAUCUGCGGACGAGUCCCAAUUCCCUGAGGAUAUUGUCGAGACGGACUUAACUACAGAUCAUGCGCCUGAAGUCCCCAGUGCGCAGGAAGAACUCAUCAACAACAAUCCCGGGGCUCUUUUCAAACAUGAGACUCUCAUCAACGGAACACUCAGAGUCUCAAUGGCGCAAGACUUGCCCGUCGAUAAUACGCCGCCUGUAAUCAGAGAUGCAUCGUCUCGAGACUCAUUCCCCAGUGCCGACGAAGGUCUCACCAACACAAGAACGAACGGAGAAGAAGCUGCUGUUCUAGGUCGCUCGAUGCAGUCUGCCAUGCCUGCUGCUGGACAGAAGCGCAAGCGUGUCGAGGGUGAUAUGGGAUUUGCCAUGCGCGACUCCGCAGCACAGAUCGCCCAAAGAAGAGUCGAGGAUGGUCACGAAGAAGGACCAUCUCUUUCAGAAUCUCCUUUCGAUUAUCGCGUCACCGACCGCGCCGACAAUCACGAACUGACCUCCGAUGCGAUGGACUUCAUACCACCAAAAUGGCCGAGAACUUCGAUGCAGUCUCCAGCAAUUCGUACAGAGAUCCCUCAGGCUUCGAGAUCAACUUCGGCGACUCCAACCCUCCAAGAUUCUAUCGAUGCUUCGUACAUUAGUGCCCCCACGGAAAACGUCACAUACAGCCGAACUGGUCGUUUGCGAAGACCGGCACAGCGACUAGCUGGGUUUGUCUCGACCCCCACAGAAGCAGAGAUCACAAGAAUGUCUGAUCGUGUGAUCGGUCGCCGUAGAUAGGUCUGUCUGAUUGUCAGAGGUACGGUCAGCUCACGGGGAAACUGUCCUACUGCUACAG